UCCACAUUGCCACUCACUGGAGCCCAGGAGCGCCCGUUUAUGACCCUCUACAACAACACCGCUGGAGCAGCUUCUGUUGGCCACGAUUACCACAGCGAGGCAACAGAGACAAGUGAUGGAACGCCAGAGGACCUCGAACGGACGCCGACGUUCUACGAUCGCGCCGCUAGCAAUGAACACGAGGACUCCCUGUCGAAGUCUGGUCUGCACAACAGCCAGGAGACAUUUGGCACUGAUCCUCUACACACGUCCAGUGCGACUGCAAAAGCGGCCACAUUGCACCGACGAAUAGAACGCGAUGCGCAGAAACCGUGGCUGCCAGACGAUGAGGGCAGCGGCUUCAGCUCUGAAACAGAACUCGACGACGAAGACCUAUUCCUGCAGCAGCGCAGGGCUGCGCGCCGAGGGCGAAAGGAAGGGCGGACGCCAGGGCGACGCAAGAACGUGGAUUGGCUACAGUUACAAGGAGUAACGAGCCACCGCGUCGAACAGAAGUCUGACCACAGCCGCCCGCAGGCCGCUGGCAAGAACGAGCUGCCCAGCCCGGAGCAGGCUCCCCGGAAUGGCGACCCCACCAGGAGGCCGCAGCACACGGGCGCGGCCAAGAGGCGCCCCAAGAAGAGGCACCGCACGAAAGCGACCAAGCACGCCCCGAGCAGGCAGCUGCCUGACACAAAGCCUGUGAGCAGCAGCGGCAGCAGUAGCAGUGCGGGUCACGGCUCGCAGCAACACCACCGCCAGCAGCAGCAGCAACAACAACAACAACAACCAGAGCAGGGACAGCCCCUACAGACACACAGAACCGCGCCGGCCCAGCCUCCGCCGCGCAAGUUCGGCGGCGGCGACAUGUCCCUCGAGAGUCGCAUCCGGGCGCUGAAGAAGAUCGCGAGCGGGUCCCAGGAGGACGAGCUGACAGCGGCGCAUUCACCGGAGCUGCCUGCCUUCUACUCUGGCGACAGGUCGGACAGCGGCCUAGUUCCACCCCCGCCAAUGCCUGCUACGCCACCGCCCACGCCGCCGCCGCCUCCCUGUCGCAGCACGGCCGCCACGCCGGUCAGCGCAGCAGGCACCGCCCACAACCCGCCGCCCACUCAGAGCCGACACUUCGCGUACCACAGAGUAACCGAGGCGCAGUCCGUGGCCGCCGCCAGCCACCACCAGGAGGCGUUCGUCGCCGUGUCCAUGGUGGAGCUGCCUGGCAACCACUCGCGGAAUCACUCCAACAAAAACCAUGACCAGACACAGCAGCAGCAGCAGCACCAGCACGUCUCACCCGAGAACUUGAGCACGAGAACAGCGAGAUGGGAGACGCCAGACACGACCACGGCCGCCUCGUUCUUCCCUGUGGCGGUUCCGGACAGCGAUAUCAGCCUGACCAGCGACUACUGGGACAGCGGUGGCUUGGAAGCGCUGCCCACGUGGUUCCGUCUCAGACAUCGUGGCAGGAACCACUUCCGAAAGGGCGCUAUGGAGGCACUGAUGAACCGCCACCGGGAGGAGCAAUGGCUACGGAGACGCUUUGGACUGCCCCCGGAGAGUCCUCAUCAGCAGUUCGCAGGGUAGCCUGGUGACGUCACAGAAGUCUUUUCUGGUCGCCGCAUCGACGUUCCAGCACCAAAGGCGCGAGAGUACUGUUUACUGUCUGGGUGCAUGCUUCGUCUCGAGGACUAUUUGGAAAUUAGGGCCGCGGAUGUUACUAAGAGACUGGCAACGGCCUAAGUUCAAUAUUCUGUCGGCGUUGUCUUGUCAGGAAAUCAAAGACAAUAUUAUGUCUGUAUGUCAGUGAAACCGGACGAAUUUCUUAACUCGUCUGUUUCGAGCGCGCUUGACUGAGUAUCCACAGUCUCUAUAUGUUAUUUGUAACUGAAUAAGACAUAGUAAAUUCUAUUCCUAAUUUAACAUAACGGAUUAUUUGCUAUUACAUGCACAUCUUGGAGACAGGAAGUGCUUGUGAACUUGGAGAAUGGUACAUAAAUCACUCAUUAUAACCAGUUUUUGUAUAUUUGUUACUCGAAUUUUGAUGUACCAAAGUGAUGUGGCCCAGUAGUUUGAUCACAUGAAUGAUGUACUCGGAAUAUUUCGAUCUUAAAACUCAAGAUCUUGGAGAGCUAUAUUAGACCAACACCUACAUUCUGCAAAACACUGUGAAAUGCAUGCGAGUAUUAAUUUAAUAUGUUUCCUUCUGUUCCACUUACGGACAGGUGGUGGGGAAAACGCGCAACAACCUGAGUGUCUAAUUUUAUUUUUAUAAUCUUCGCGAAAGUGGUAUGUAAGAACACAAGACUAUUUAUAAAUACGACCACGAAAAUGGAUUGCGACUAUUUUCUACCAAGAUUUGUGCUGGAAAAUGACUACCACAGAUCUCUUGAAUCAUUUAUCUCGCAAUACUGUUUGUACGAAAUUAUUUUUAAUAAACCAGAAGUGCACUGUUCCUGCUGUAAAGAGAGCAGAAAUAUACGGCUUCUUAGAUUAGCAACCGUUCGGAAGAAACUGCAUUGUGAGUGGAGCGAUUUGGGAAUUCUCACAUAGUCAUCCCAUGGGGAAACAAUAACGCUGCCAUUUAUACUGUGGUGUCAAAACCAUCUAUGUUCAUAAAUGGAAUGCCAACGUAGCAAGUUAAAAUAUGAGAUACAGCAAGUCUAUCAUAGGCGUGAAAUUGUGAUUGUGUACCAAUGUAAUAGUAAAGUGUCCAUAAUCUGGAUCCCUUGAUCUCUUCAGAAACCAUUUCACUCCUAGGUUUGCGGUUGAGUUUCUCCCUUAGUACACAGGUUUUAGGAUGUACUAAUACCAAAGUCAUACUCAGUCUAGUGUCACUGGAUGAAAAGUCGAGAUGAGACGAAACACUCUGAUGCAGAACGAGGCAAACAAAACGAAUCUUAUGACUCAAACACCACUCACUGCAUGAAAAUUAAUCGCACAAAGCGUUUUCUUAAAAAGGACACAAUAGCAACAGGAUGCGCAUCACAAAACCCCUAUGCGAAAAUAUAGAUAUCUCUUAUCUGUUUUUCAUUUCGUUCAACGGAAUACUGAAAAAAGAGAAAUUACACACAUUAUUUCACUGAUUUCAUACGACUAUUACCAGAUACUGACCAUUAAAGUAUCAUUCACUACUAGUAACACAUCCCCCUUUCCUCAGUACAUCUGCUUUCCUAAAGUACCAGCGAAAACCAAGUAUUGUUUUCUAACAAACGUACGAAGCAAUCGAGCUAGUUUCCACAAGCUUACGGUAAUAAAAGUACACGGUGUCACAAUUUUUGUAUUCAGCGAAAGAAUCUGAACACAUUGACGUUACGGAGCGUGAUAAUAUUUGUUGAAUUCCCUGCAUUCUCAGAAAUUCCAGUUGUUACCUCGGAGACCUAGUAUCUGCGCGCUUUAGACCACAGUUACGAUCGUAACAAGUUUCAACGAUAUUAACGAUAUCAGAGACACAAAUAUUUAUUGUUUCCAUUUAAAAGCUCGUCAUUGCAUACACAAGCUAAUUUGAAUAUAACCCACAUUAUCAGUAUAUUUCCUUUCAAAUUACGACCAAUGAAUAAACUGUGUAUAAAAUAAUUUGAAGAUAUUUGAGAGCAUCGAAAGAAACUAAAACGAUAUGGAGCUGAGAAAAAUUUCUGUUACUUACCCUUCUGUUGGUCCUGUACAGCAAACAUAAAUAUGAGGCGAAACUAAAUUGCAACUUCAUUGUUAAAUACAAGAAAACGAUGGAGAAUUAGAGUGAAGAAACCAAUAAAUGAUUUCCCUCUAGUCUUCCUCAUUUAUUCUAAACUGUACUCAGUUUCAACCUGAAAAUCUCCACUGUGAAGCGAAUGUGGCCUCAUAAAUGGACUAGGUGUUAUAUGUGUACUGUUAACUACAGUUGUACGGCUAAUAGAAACAGAUAAAAGUAGGAAAAGUGAAAAAAGAACGACUUUCCAAUGUCUAAGAACGGUGCGCAAAAUGGUAGGAGACAGAGAUUGUGAUAAUGUUUGCGAUACGUUUUCAGCUAAUAUUUCUCGAAGAAAAUAUAUUAAGAUCUCAAGCUAUACUUUUUAUAAGACUAAAUCCGAAACUAACUGAUCAAAAAAUUCUGAAUAUCGGUUUAUGUCCGUACUUUCACAAUAGUGAUCUAUUUGCCAUAUUGGAAAAGAAAAGAAAGUAGCUGUCAGUCAUUUUAAUCCUAUUUCAUCGAAGAACUAAAAUUGUGUGAAGACCUGUCUCCAUAAGUGUGUGGCCACAAAUUUCUUUCCCACUGAUUUGCCGUGAUACAUAUGUAACAAUUGAAAAAAAUGUUGUAAUAUUCGUAUUAUAAGCGAUUUCAUGUGAGAAAGUAUCAUGUGAUCCUAUUAGCCUUUGUACUAGGCAACUUGAAGGAGCAGCGAGAUUGAGCAGGUAGCAAUUAUUUCGGACUGAUCAAUUAUUCUUCUGAAGUCCACUCAAAUUUUCAAAUUUUUUGAACAGACACACCCAGUGCCUACUGAGUAUAAUAAAGUGAAUAUCAUAUGUUUGUGAAUUCUGAUUUACUUGAAAUAAUGUAACUGUGUAAGACGCAAU